AUGAAUCCCCCCGCCAAAAGGAUCCAGUCCUUCUUCCGCCCCAAGCAUCCCCCCCCCCCCGCCGCCCACCCACCCUCCUCCACCUCCACCUCCACCUCCACCUUCACCUCCGACCCCUUCGAGCCGCUGCCGCCCAGCUCCUCGCGCGCGCCGACGCCGCGCAUCCUCGCCGUCGAGAUCCCGCCGAGCAUCCUGCGCCCCGUGGCCUUCCGCGUCUUCACAAAGAAGCACAACCUCACGCUCAAGUCGGACGCGCUGGCGCUGCUGUGCGCGUUCGUGGGGCGCCGCUGCGGCGCCGACUGGCGCGACUCGGGCAUGGGGGAGCGCCUGCUCGACGAGAUUGCGCGCCAGUGGAGAAGGAAUGAGGGCGCGCAGGGGGUGCUGGUGGAUGGGGGGGAGGCGCUGAGGAGUGUUAUUAGGGGCAUGGAGGUGCCUGGCGCGGGGGGAGCGGGCGCGGGGGCGGGGGAGCUGUUGAGGGUGGGGGCGGGCGUGGAGAGCAGUCAGUUGUGGGGCGCGGAGGUGGAGGCGCAUGUUGCGGAGGCGGUGGGGGGCGGCGGCGGCGGCGGGGCGGUGGAUGUGGAGGGCGGGGCUGUGGAUGGGAAGAGGUUUUUGAAGGUUGUGGAUGCGUUUGCGAUGCCGAAGUGGGCGUAUAAUCCGCUGAAGCGCGGGUUUGAAAAAGCACCAAAACCAACCCUCCUCCCCCCCGCCUCCGCAAAAACAACCCUCUUCCGCACCCGCUACGCCCUCCUGCACCAGCGCCUCCUCCGCACAGAGCUCUUCCUCCCCCCCACCUUCCUCGCGUCCACAAAGGCCGCCACCCAAAAGCAGCACAAGCUCACGCCCAUCUCAAACCUGCUCGGCCGCGCCGGACAGAGCUUCCUCCUCUUCGGCAUGCUCGCCGUCAACCCCAGCGGCGUGCUGACCCUCAUCGACACCUCCGGCGAGAUCGUCCUCGACCUGUCCAUCGCCGUCGCCGUCCCCGAGGACGGCAGCUGGUUCGCCCCCGGGUGCUUCUGCAUCGUCGACGGCGCGUUCGAGGAGAACAGCAAGUUCACGGUCUACACCGUCGGCCAGCCGCUCCCCGAGCGCCGCGAUGCCAGCGCGGAGGUCCUUGGGCAUGUCGACUUCCUGGGAAACGGCGUCACGCUGGAUAUGGGCGUUAAUUUUGGCAGCGGCGGUGGCCAGCAGGGCCGCGCCAUGCGCAGAGCCGAGAGCGAGGAGGGCGUGCGCAUGGUGUUCCUUGGCGCCGUGGAGCUGGACGGAAAGGGCGUCCUCGAGGGGCUGCGCAGGGUCUUUGAGAUCCUGGAGGAAUCGCCGCCGCUGGUGAUUGCGCUCAUUGGCUCGUUCACUAGCAUUGCGAUGGGCACGAAUGGCGGGAGCGUCGCAUACAAAGAGUAUUUCGACCGCCUGGCAUCGCUGCUGGCGGACUUUAGCGCGCUGACGGAGGCGUCGACGUUCGUGUUUGUGCCGGGCGACAACGACCCGUGGGCGAGCGCGUUCUCGGGCGGGUCGUCGGCGGCGCUGCCGCGCAAGGCGGUGCCCGAGAUGUUUACGGGGCGGGUGCGGCGGGCGUUCCAGGGGGCGGCGGCGGGCGGCGAGGCGGUCUGGACGAGUAAUCCGUGUCGGAUUGGGUAUUUCACGCAGGAGGUUGUGGUGUGCAGGGAUGAUGUGGUGGGGCGGUUGAGGAGGAAUGGGGUUGGGUUUAGGAGGGGGGAGGGGGAGGGGAUGGAUGUGGAUGUGGAGGAGGGGGAGGGGGAGGGGGGGGAGGAGGAGGAGAGGGAGAAGGCGGUGGUGGUGGUGGAUGAGGAUGUGAAGGGUGCUCGGAAGCUCGUGAAAACACUCCUCGACCAAGGCCACCUCUCCCCCUUCGCGCUCGGCACGCGCCCCGUGCUGUGGGACUACUGGCACGCGCUGAUGCUCUACCCGCUGCCCACGGCGCUGGUGCUGUGCGAGCCGGCCAUGCAGCCGUUCGCGCUCACGUACGAGGGCUGCAACGUCAUGAACCCGGGCCGCCUCGUCGAGCGGCGCAGGGCCAGGUGGAUCGAGUAUCGGCCGGCUACGGGGAGGGGCGAGGUGAGGGAGAGUGUGUUUUAG